GUGAUUUGAAAAUCUAGAUUCCGUCUCAACUUUGGAACUAUGUACGGCGAGAAAAACUUUCUCACAGCAAUUCAUCAAAAUAAGUGAAGCAUCCCCAUAAUCUUUCACUUAACUUUAUAAGGUUUACAAGUGUGUGACGAUUUCAUUCAGUCCUAAUAUUUUUUUAAGAAGGAAAUGUCUCUUUAUUAAUUUUUUGUGGAUAUUUCGUUCACUCUAUUAGCAAUUUUCUUAUAAAUUAUUUUAAAGAGAAUUUUUCUUCGAGAAUUAAAAUAAUAUAGGAAGUUGUUCGAAUGGACAUUUGAAUUCUCCCUUUUCUGGUCACAGUGGCCAAUUUAGAUCCUAAAAUAGACACACAAUAAAACAUAUUUCAUGUCUAAAUUAAUUUAAUCGUAUUUUAUCGUUUAAAAUAUCGUCAAAACAUUUUUUUCUGAAACAAUAAUUAAGGUUAAACACUGAAAAUCACUUGAAGAGCAUAAAUUGGCCACAAUGGCCACAUCUAAAUUUUUGAGGUUAUGGUGGUCUACCUUUGCAAAGUAAAAGCAAUGUUAGUUAGAAGUUCUUUAAAUUAGAAAUGAUUUGAAGUGAAAAUUUUAAGCUGACAAGUGCAGGAAAGAUUUAUCAAAUUUUUAAUUAAUGAAAUGGUUUUUAUGUUCAAAUUUAAGUGAAGCGAGGGCGGGGCUAAUUAAAUCAUUCUGUGUCAAUUCAAAUCCACAGAAUUCUACGAAGGGAAAUAAUUUUUUUCAUUGAAUUAGUUUUAUAGGAAUCAGCUUUUGAAAUUUUUCUCAAUAUUUUAAUUAUUAAUUUUCGCUAAAAUUGAGAGGCAAUUUUAGUCAAUACUUGGGUUAAAUAAGUCAGGCGAAAUUACGGCCUACAAUUAGAUUUUUAUUUGACGUAGUUUUGCUUCUUUGUUUAAGAACGUUUGUAGAAAUUUUAAAUAAAUAACCAAGAAGCUCGACUAAGUAAAGCUCAAGAUGCUAUAUUUCCUGAGCAAGAAAAUUUUAGAAUGGGUUCUUACUAGGGCUUUAGACUAUAUUUCUUAAUCUCUUUCUUGUCCCAUUGAAAAUCCUUCAUUCCAAAAAUACCGUAAAGUAUUAAAAAUUAAUUUUAGAAAUCUUAUAUUGUACAACAUUGGAUGCAAUUCCAUACCCCAAGCAUAUUAUGGGAUUUAACAAACAAACGUAUAAAAUAAACAUACAUACCACAUAGGAUACAUGUGGUAGAUUUUCAUAAAUGCAUUGUGGUUGAAUUUUGACAUACUUGGACACAUUUUGUACCGAAACAAAGGCGAAAACUUUUAAUACAAAUCUCUCAUUCUUUAAUUCUAAUAGAACAAUUUAUUUUUUGUGUAUCUACAUAGCAUAAUUCAAUAGGUAAUUCAGAACAAACAACAAUUGCACCAUUCAAACUCAUACUAACACUCCUUUUGUACAAGUUGGAAAUUUGCAAUUUCCUCUUGUAAAACCCAUAUAUUUCCCAACUUGAAUUAUUGUGACGCAAGCAAAUAUGUAAUUAAAUUCAGGGAAUACGUAUGAGAGAAUGUUUUUAACGGUCCUCUUUGCAAGGAGUGCGACAAUUUUGUUUAAUUUUUGUUGUUUUAUCCACUUUAUGUUUUAAAAUGUAACAUUAAACAUUAAAUAUUUAAUCCCACAUAAACUGCAUCCCGUCUGAAACAUUGCAUGUGUAAUUUGCACUAUUUGAGUUAUUAUAAUAAUAUUUAUUUGAUAUAUAAAUGUGUGGUAUACCUAUGCAAAGUGAGUGAGAGAGAGCUUUAGUUUUUGUUCGUUAUUUUUCCUAAAUAUUUUCGCAGUGAUUCCGGAAUUAAAGGAAACGAAUACGUCCUUUUGUAUGCAAAAGGAUAAUAAAUUAAAGGAAAAUUACAACAUACCUUUUUCAGUACGAUCUUUUUUAUAGUUUAACAACACGAUGAUUAUCAAAAGGAUAAUCAGUGCGUGCAUAUGAUGUACAUGGAAUGCACAUUGUAUUAACCCAUUAGUGUGCUAAGUAGAAACAUUAAUAAAUAAAUUAUCUAGUUUUGAUAACACUGCUAAACAAAUGACUGUGAAGUGCAACAUUAAUGUCAUGCAACACCUACAAAUCUGAUAUGAUAAAAAGUGUCUGGUAGGGCUAGAAAAAAAGAAAGAGAGAGAGUGAAAGAAUAAUAAUUCAGUCAUCUCAUGAACUUACAAAUAUAUCGCUAACAACCUUGGCUGUGGCUUAUCGGAAAAAAAAUUAAAUACAAUUUUAUAGUGCGAAGAAAUCUUCCUUUGAAUGUGUUUGCUUAUAAGACUGCAGUGUUAAUCUGUACGCCGGAGACGACUUCUCAGGAGCGCUAGGCUGCCACUCGCAGGCGAUGAACCGACGUGCAAAUCGACCGGAUGGACCUGGCCUAAGAUGGGGAGCGUGUUGUACACAAUUGUGUUCGUAGCGUUACAAAUUGCCACUGGAUUGGCCAACCCUGAUUCAAAGCGACUGUACGACGACCUAUUGAGCAAUUAUAAUCGUCUAAUUCGGCCUGUUGGCAAUAAUUCUGAUCGUUUAACUGUGAAAAUGGGCUUGAGACUGUCCCAAUUAAUUGAUGUUAACUUGAAAAAUCAAAUCAUGACAACAAAUGUUUGGGUAGAACAGGAAUGGAAUGACUAUAAAUUAAAAUGGAAUCCGGAUGACUAUGGAGGUGUGGAUACAUUGCAUGUUCCGUCUGAGCAUAUAUGGCUGCCAGAUAUUGUGCUAUAUAACAAUGCUGAUGGAAAUUAUGAAGUGACAAUAAUGACUAAAGCAAUUUUGCAUCAUACGGGUAAAGUAGUUUGGAAGCCACCAGCUAUUUACAAGUCCUUUUGCGAAAUUGACGUAGAGUACUUCCCAUUCGACGAGCAGACAUGUUUCAUGAAAUUUGGCUCAUGGACGUAUGAUGGCUACAUGGUCGACUUGAGGCAUCUGCAACAAGCUCCUGAUUCCGACAAUAUCGACAUUGGUAUUGAUCUACAAGAUUAUUAUAUAUCCGUGGAAUGGGACAUAAUGAAAGUACCAGCAGUACGAAAUGAAAAAUUCUAUAGUUGCUGCGAAGAACCAUAUCCUGAUAUCAUAUUUAACAUAACACUGCGCCGAAAGACGCUAUUUUACACAGUGAACCUUAUAAUACCAUGCGUGGGCAUCUCAUUCCUAUCCGUUCUUGUUUUCUACUUACCAAGUGAUUCUGGAGAAAAAAUCUCACUAUGUAUUAGCAUAUUGCUAUCGCUCACAGUGUUCUUCCUGUUGUUGGCUGAAAUUAUUCCACCAACAUCACUCACAGUGCCACUUCUUGGAAAAUACCUUCUCUUUACAAUGAUGCUUGUUACACUUUCCGUCGUGGUGACUAUUGCCGUGUUAAAUGUUAACUUUAGAUCUCCAGUGACACAUAGAAUGGCACCGUGGGUGCAGCGACUGUUUAUUCAACUUUUACCAAAAGUUUUGUGUAUUGAGAGACCACCAAAAGAGGAUGCACCUGAGGAAAAUGCACCACAGGAUGUACUCUCUGAAGCUUUCAAUAUACCCCCAGAUAUUGAUAAGUUUAUUGAUUAUGGGAGUAAACGCUUUAGUGGUGACUUUGGUAUACCUGUUUUGCCACCAUCGCGUUUCGAUGUGGCUGCAUCCGGUGGUAUGGGACCGUGUUUCGGUGAACCACCACUGCCAGCACUGCCAUUGCCAGGUGGAGAUGAUGAUCUCUUCAGCCCUGCCAGCAACGAUGACCUAAGCCCAACAUGCUGCCCAGAUCUAAGUCCAACAUUUGAGAAGCCGAUAAUGCGAGAAAUGGAAAAAGCCAUGGAGGCAUCGAGAUUUGUGGCUCAGCAUGUGCGAAAUAAGGACAAAUUUGAAAAUGUUGAGGAAGACUGGAAAUAUGUUGCAAUGGUUUUGGAUAGAUUAUUUCUUUGGAUAUUCACGAUCACAUGUAUCGUUGGUACGGGUCUAAUACUUUUUCAAGCACCUAGUUUGUAUGACACAACACAACCAAUUGAUAUUCUCUACUCGAAAAUUGCCAAGAAGAAGAUGGAAUUACUUAAAAUGGGUAGCGAUGGUGUAUAGCGACCAGCAGGGUUCGCAGCCGGAUACUGGAACAUGUUUCACAGUUGGCUGCGAGCCCUGGUCGAAGAAGCUGCCCGGAAUUGAAUACAUUGCACAGCAAAAAAAUAUAUUUAUACAUAUAACCUCCAUUCACAAAUUGCCGUGUGAAUUAACUUUAUAUAUAAUAAUAAUGUAUAAAGGUAUAUAAUAAUUAUAACAACAACAACAACAAAACUUCAUUGUGUUUUCUGGACAUUCAAAGAAUAUCACAGUGAAGCCGCACAGUUAUCAUGCAUUACAUAAGAAGAAGAAAAAAAGAACAAACUAGAGAAAAAAAAACAACAUAGAAAUAGUUUAAAUAAGUAUAAAAAUUAUUUGGAAAAUUUAUUCAAGAAUAUUUUCAUUCAAAAUUCGGUUGUUGGUCAUUGUGAGUGGGGGAAGUAUUCCAAAAAUGGUGAUUCCAUCUAUAAUAUUAUGGGAACGUUUGAAAUUCUCAUUUAAUUUAAAACAACCUUAUAUCGAACUCUCAUCUUGAGAUCGAACGUAGUUCAAAAUAUUUCUAAAAAAAUUGCAAAUGAAAUGUAAAUAAAUAAGAAGAAGAGUCUAUAUUUGAAAGAUGAUUUCUGAUUGGCUGAUAAGUAAAUGCGAAACGUUCUCAUUGGUCAAUUCGUCUUCCCUACGUCACGACUAGGUGGUUUAGCCUCUGUGCAAGGUUAAUUUGAACAAGGCAUAGGAAAUUGAAAUUUAUUCGAAAAAAAAUCAGAAAUAUGAAGAGAAUUUAUAUUCCCCUGAAAUAUAAUUUGGCUCAUAAAACUUUCCACGAAUUUAAUGAAUUAUUGUAAAAAAUAUUCUUUAUGCAAACUAAAGGAUAAAUUUUGCAAACAAUCGUAUUAUAUCCCUUGAAAAUUGAGCGUACCAGAGAGAAUUCUCAAUGAAUGGAAUAAAAUUUCUCCUUCCCUCCCACCAUUGUUCAACAACAUGCAUUCUGAAUGAAAAAAGAAAUUAAAUAAAAGUUCAUAAUUAAUUUCUUGUUUAUCCGUGAUAUAUAGCAAGAAUAAAUCAAAUUUAAUACGUCAAUAACAACAUAUGGAUAACUUAACAGUAUAGCGAAAAAAGAAGAAAAACAUUUAAAACAACAUUUAACAAUAACUAACAUUUUGUGGCUAUUUUUAUAUUAAUAAGGUUAUCAUAUUAUAGGUAACUACUCUUAAGGUCAAAAAAAAAACUUAAAAAUUAUAAAAAAGAAUUGUUUUACUUAAAAAAAAAAUAAACAAAACAGCUCAACGAGACUAAUACUAAGAUUAUAAUUGAAAUAUAAAAUUUAAAGAAAAGAAAAAGUGAAGUGUAAAUAAGCAUUUGUACGUACUUAUAGUGAACAUGAUUUUUUCAAAUCGAAAUUGUUAACUAUAUUAUAGUAAAAAAAAAGUAAAGAAAUAUUCGAUUGGUGAAAAAAAUUCAAAAGCACAUGAGCACGUGGAAUUUAUUGAAAUGUGAUUAUGAGAUGAUAAAAAUGCAACAAUACAUCAUGCAGGAUACUGUGUCUGAAAGUCUCAUGAAUUUUAUAUUAGACAGCAAAAAGAAAAAAAGAAAAAUUGUCAUGAAAAUAGCAUUUAUCUAAUAUUGAGAUAUUUUCUGCACAUAUGGAAUUGAGUAAAUUUCUUUUGCAUUAUUAUUUUUUUUUAAAUACAAAAAUUCGAAAUAAAAUGGUAUCUCCUCGUUAGUCAGGGACAAAGGGGUUCAGUCUAAGGUCAAUGCGAAUUUUCUAUUAGAUUUCUCAUCGUAAUAGACAAAUAUUUAUGAGAGAUUUUACAAAUUGUAGCAUUAGACUAAUCCUUUCUUUUCUAAAUCCCUGCGCAACAUACACACACCUUUUUCAUACUAAUAAUUUUCACAACUACACUCCUCUCUAAACUGAAAAAAAACAGCGUCCUCAAUAGUAAGGAAAAAAAAAUAGAGAAUCAUUUGAUAGUAUAACCGGAAAUUAAUAUUUUGAAAAUAUAGGUAUUGUAUGACGUUAACAAAAUAAAUUUAUGAUAGUGUCUGUUUAUAACAAAACAAAAAAAGAAUAUUAAAAAAGCGAUUGGUUUAACUAAAAGAACUUAAUAGGUACUUAAUAAGGCGAUAAUUUUGACACUAUCCUUAGAAGCUGCUAAAAUGAAUAGGAAAGAAAAUCUCAUGAAAAAAAAACAUCCCUAAAAAUGUCUCUUAUAAAAUUUAAAAAAAAUACAGAGCUUUUUCGUAAAGAAAAGAAAUUAAAAGAAAGAAAAAAAUUUAAAAGUAGUUCCAAAUGGUAAUAAAUCAAAAUGAUUUCUCUUCUGUUUUAUUCGUACGGAAAACUUUCAGAACGUGACUAUAAAAAAAACAUUUAGUUAGAAAGGAAAAUCGUUAUUUUGUGUCCACCUUCCCCCCUUAAGCGAUAGUUCAAAUGAUUUUAUGUUCAAAAGCUUUUAAAGGCUUUGAACUGUUAGCUAGUUUACAAUCAGUUACAAUGUUUGUGAAAAAGAAACUUUAAUGGAUUAUCCGGAUUAUCUAAUGUGUUUGUUAACGAUAAGAUUAUGUAUACGUGGUAAAUUGAUUUAUUUGUUGAAUUAGAAACGUGAAGAACUGAGAAAAUUUUCUUAUUUGAGCGAAGUUAGUUUGAUUAUUAAUUAGUAUUUUCAACAACCAACUUUAUGAAAAGGAAAUUUCCCAGAAGAAUUUCAUAAAUAAUUAGAUAACCAUAUGGGUUCAUUCCCACCAAAUAAAUACCAAAGAUAGACAACCAGAUUAGUUUGAUAGCAUAUACUUUUCUCCAAAGAAUUAUCUUUCUUCACUGUUCAAGAAUAAAGCCAUGAUUAAUCCAGAUACAAAAAGACGCACAAAUAGGUUUUUUUUCUUUAUUUCAUUAGAAAUUAAUUUGUUGCUUAAUAAUAAAUGGAAAAGUUCCUGGAAAAAUCCAUAAAAACGCUUUUUUUUUAAAUAUUCAAUUUAUAUAUAGUAUAUUUUUUUUUAUAAAAUUGCGAAAUAUUGUGUGAGGAAUUCAGAAUUGAAAUCUAUUGAUUUGUUGUCCAUUUGGAUAGUGAAUAUCAUUAAAUAAAACUAAUUUAUUUAUAUUUUGUACAUAAGUCUUCCGAAAAAAUUAAAUUAAAUUUGAAUAUAUUUUUUAUUUAUUAGAUGAUAAUAGAAUAAACAAUGGCUGAAAUUAUUUUUUUUCCUUAGUUUUGUUAAAUUGAAAAAUAAAUGAAAUUUGCGAAUUAAUUUUAAGUUUAUCGAAUAAAAUAUUUUGCCAAUUCAUGGAACUAAUUUUAAUGGUCAUUGUUUAUUCAAUUAAUUCCGAGAAAAAAUUAAAAAUGUUUUAAAAUUGAUUAUAUUUCAGCUACAUGAACUAUAGAGAGGGUUUUUCUUUUUUUUUUAUCCAAAAGUGUAAUAAAUUUAAAAAAUGUUCCUUAUCUAAUUGAAACAAAUUAUGCAUUCAUUUUAAUUGAAUUAUCAUUUAAACUUUGAACAGAAUAAUAUAUUGAAAGCUUUUAACAUAAAAGUUUAUCAUUUAUCUUUUAUGUAAUUACCAUUAUAUAUAAAUCUUUUCUACCCAGGCUAUGUAAUUCACAAAAAAGCGAUAAAAGAUAUCAAUAACAGGAAGAUUAAACAGUUUUUUUUAUGUUCAACGGAAAAUGAUCGUAAAUUGAACUAAUUUUAUAAAGUGAAUAAAAAAAUAGCAUUAAAGUUUAGCUCCCUUUGAUAUCUCAAAGGCUGAAAGUACUUCCCAGAGCGAAAGUAAUCCAAUUCUUCCCAUUUAUAGACAGAUAAAAAACCAUUUAAAAAUGUAUUUUUAGAGAGAGCGAGUCUGAUCCAAGAAAGUGUAAUUUCCAGAUCUAUGCAAAAUAGUAAAAAUUAAUUUCAUUACGAGAUUUAACUUUUUUUUUGUUUAAGUGCUCUUGUACCAUAACAUCCACAGUAUUAUAAAAUAUUCAGACGACUUUAGAACGUGUAAUAUAUUUUUGCAUAUUUGUGAUAAUUUACAAACUAUUUUACUAUUAGUCAGGAUUGUGAAUUAGUGAUGUGCUUCGUCUUUUAUCCUGAUCUGCUGUUUAUAAUAUUAAGUAUUCUGCACCGUGAAAGUAUGAUCUAUAUUUGUUUAUUUACCUACUUAAUAUUUAUAUCUAAGCAGAAAUUUGUGUAGUUAACAUCAAAGAACCUAAAAGUAUUUAAUUUUUAUUAUUAGAAUGCUUAAUUUUUCAAAUAUUCUUCCGAAUUUUUUCAAGUAGGUUACUAACCUAUAUAUUUUUUUCAAAAAUUUAAAUAAAAAAGAAAAUAUGUAGAAUACUAUGUAGAAUCUGUCUUGGAUCGAAGUAAUGGUGUUUGCCAAUAUUAGGUAUAAAAUAAUAAAAAAUAAUAUAUUUUAUCUAAUUAUUUAUAUUAGCUGUGAUUAAAAAAAAGAUACAUUAAUUUUUCGUACUAUCUAAAUUUCAAAGUCGUCGGGCUAAAACUUGGUACUUUUUUUAAAAAGAAAAAAAAAUCAAUAAAAAUAGAAGAUUAACUUUUUCUUUAAGUUUCUAGUUGCAAAUAUUUAAAAAAUAAAAGAAAUAUAAUUUUACUUUUAGUGAAUAUCACGUGUUUGUACAGUAAGACAAAAAGUGUAUAAAAAAUAAACGAAAACUUAGAUAAAGGCAAGUUAAGAUAAUAUUUAAAUGAAGAACACAGUUAACAUGACGAAUAGACAUAGGUUUACGAAUUAAAUGAAGAAAAAAACAGAAAAUUAAAUAUUAAGAAAAAAACUAUAAGAUUAGUAAUAUGAAAAAUAAAUGCGCUAUAAAUUAAAGAAAAGAAAAAGAAAUGAGAAAUGUAGUUAAGUUGUGUGGUAUGAAGCGUAACAUUUAGUUUAAAAAAAUAAUCAAUAAUUUUUUUUCAUUAUGAAAAAUAAAACUGGAAAUAUCAAAUUGCAAAUAUGUAAUAUGUUUUUUUUCUUUUUUUGACCGCCCCCCAUCAAUCCAAAUUCCUAAUUUCAAAUCAAAUGUCUUCCACUAUUAAAAAAAAAAACAAAACAUUAGGAUUUCUACCUUCUUCAUUCGUUAGUUAUUUUUUACAAUUCGUGUAGUCACAAAAAACAUGGUUUUUCUAUGCAAUGACUGCUUACUACAUAUUAAUAAUUGCGUUGUGAAAUUAUUUUAAAAGAAAUUUUAGUUUCAUUGUAGUUAUUUUAAAAAAGAAAAUUAAAAUAAAUUAAACUUUUUAAAGAAAUACAAAAAAAAAGAAAUCAUAAAAUGUCUUCUUUUCAUUACAAUUGUAAUGCAAGAAAUUAUUCAAAAUUUGAGUAAUUAACCGUAUAAAAAAAAGCUUGAAAAAUGAAAUGCAUUUUUAAAAAGUGAAAUUGUAUUUUUCAAUUCACACAAAAACGGUUUCACAAGUAUAAACAUACCUAAUGCUAAAAUUUUUGUAGGAUCCUAUUUGACAUGUGAAUUUUUUUUUGUAAAUGCAACAGUAUAUCGAAGGCUAAAUUGUAAAACAAUUUAGUCAUAGAUAGGCAAGAAAUCGGUUCAUUAAAUAAUAUUUUUCAAUUGAUAAAAAAUGUUUAGAAAACAUAAUUUUCUAAUUUAUUACAAAAAAUGAUAGUUGAAUAAUAUUAGUUGCAAAAAAUGAUAUUUCCUUUGGAUUUCAAAUAAUUUAAGAAACAUGAAAAAUAUUUUAUCAUGAAAAAGUUUAAAAAAACGUCAAUAAGAUAAUUUAUUUUGGAAUUAAUUUUAUUGGUUUAUUAUUCAUAUUUUUUUUCUUCAAUGUUACAGUUAAUUUUUUAAUCAUUCAUUGAAUAAACAGCAAAACAGAAAUAGGAAGACUAUACAAGAAAAAUAUGAAAUUUAGAUAAUGUAACUACUAGUGUAUAACAGUAUUUAUAAUAUAAAAAAUAUAGAAAAAAAUAAAAUAUUGAUUAUUUCAUUUCAAAUAUACCUACAUAGACAAUCUACGAAGAGUAACAAAAAAGCUGAAUAUAUAGAUAUUAUAUGUAAUAUGACUAUUGCUCAAAGUUUUCUCACACACAAAAAAAACACCUAAUUGGUUGAGAAAGCUUUUUCGGGUUUUUUGUAUUUUUCAAAUUGCACACGGAGAAGCAACAAUAAAAUUAUCUAUAUUAUUUCUUUUUAAGUAAAAAAUGAAGAAAAAAAAAUGAAAAAAAAACAAUACAUACCUACGACAAACACAUAAAAUAAACACAAAAGCUAAAAACACCCAGUAUCCUAGUAGGUAUAUACUAGGAUAUGUAGACGUAAAUUGAAAAAGAAAAAUUAACUGUGUUUGAGACAGUUUUUAUUAGAACAUGCAUAUAAUAUGUAAUUUCUAUUAUAUAUAAUAGAAUAAUUCAUCACAAUGUAUAACACACAGGAGAUGCAAAAAAAUAAACUCACAAUUUACGCUCUUAAUUGCUAAAAUACUUAAUCUUUUUCGUAACCAAACACACGAAUGUCUUAUAUUUUUAUGCAAGUACUAUGAAAAAAAAAUUAGAACCAAUGUACGUAAAGAAAAUUUCAUAAAUACUCCAUACACGAAAAAAAAAGAUUUGCAAUUAAACAUAAACGAAAAUAAAGAAAAAAAUAGAAAUACACUACACAUAAAAUAAAUAUAAUAAAUAAAUAGAUAUACUUAUACCUAGAUUGUAUAAAAAAUAUGAUUAAAAAAUAAAUGUUACGCGUUAAUA